CCCAAGUUUGUUGUGGCUGGCGUCUGGGACGCCUGCGGGGCGCUACCAUGGCGGUGCGACAGGCGCUGGGCCGGGGCCUGCAGCUGGGUCGAGCGCUGCUGCUGCGCUUCACCGCCAAGCCUGGCCCGGCCUACGGCUGGGGGCGGCCCGAGCGACCGGGCCCCGCGGGCGUCCGGGGCCGCGGAGAGCGCCCGGGCCAGGCCGCAGGACCCGUUGCGGAGCCGCGCAGGCUCGGGCUCGGGCUCCCCGACCGCUACCGCUUCUUCCGCCAGUCGGUGGCGGGGCUGGCGGCGCGGCUCCAGCGGCAGUUGGUGGUGCGAGCCCGGGGCGGCGGGGGCCCUUGCGGCCGGGCAGUUUUUCUGGCCUUCGGGCUGGGUCUGGGCCUGAUUGAGGAGAAGCAGGCGGAGGGCCGGAGGGCGGCCUCGGCCUGCCAGGAUAUCCAGGCAGUCUUUACAGAGAAAAGCAAGCUGCUCCCUGACCUGCUGGACUCCAGACGCUGGCAGGGCUUCCAGCUGGAUGAGUACCUGAUAGGGCAGUCCCUUGGCAAGGGCUGCAGUGCUGCUGUGUACGAAGCCGCCGUGCCUGUGCAGCCCCGGAACCUGGAGGUGGCAAAGAGCGUGGGGCUUCUUCCAGGGAGAGGCCAAGACAUCACCCUGCUGGGAGCAGAGAAGGGGCGCGCCCCACAGGCCCCCACCUUUCCCUUAGCCAUCAAGAUGAUGUGGAACAUCUCGGCCGGCUCCUCCAGCGAAGCCAUCUUUAGCAAGAUGGGCCGAGAGCUAGUCCCAGCCAGUCGAAUGGCCCUGGCCGGGGAGUACGGAGAAGUCACUUACAGAAAAUCCAGAAGAGGCCCCAAGCAACUGGCCCCUCACCCCAACAUCAUCCGGGUCCUCCGCGCCUUCACCUCGUCCGUCCCACUGCUGCCAGGGGCCCUGGUGGACUACCCGGAUGUGCUUCCCCCACGUCUUAACCCCGAAGGCCUGGGCCACGGGCGGACACUUUUCCUCGUCAUGAAGAACUACCCCUGCACCCUGCGCCAGUACCUCCGCGAGAACAGCCCGAGCCCCCGCCUCGCCACCGUGAUGCUCUUGCAGCUCCUGGAAGGAGUGGACCAUCUGGUUCAGCAGGGCGUGGCACACAGAGACCUAAAGUCUGACAACAUCCUUGUGGAGCUGGACGCAGAUGGCUGCCCCUGGCUAGUGAUCUCGGACUUUGGCUGCUGCCUGGCCGAUGAGCAUGUCGGCCUGCGGCUGCCCUUCCCCAGCUGGUAUGUGGACCUGGGCGGGAACAGCAGCCUGAUGGCCCCUGAGGUAUCCACAGCCCGCCCUGGCCCCAGGGUGGUGGUCGACUACAGCAAGGCUGAUGCCUGGGCAGUGGGCGCACUCGCCUACGAAAUCUUCGGGCUCGCCAAUCCUUUCUACGGCCAGGGCGGAGCCCACCUCGAAAGCCGCAGUUACCGAGAGGCUCAGCUGCCUGCACUGCCCGAGUCGGUGCCUCUGGAUGUGAGACAGCUGGUGAGGUCACUGCUCCAGCGGGAUGCCCGCAAGAGACUGUCUGCCCGAGUAGCUGCUAAUGUGCUUCACUUAAGCCUCUGGGGCGAACAUAACCUGGCCCUGAAGAAUCUGAAACUAGACAAGAUGAUCGGCUGGCUCCUCCGACAGUCCGCGGCCACUCUGUUGGCCGACAGGCUUACGGAGAAGAGCUGCGUGGAGACAAAAAUGAAGAUGUUGUUUCUGGCCAACCUGGAGUACGAGGCGCUGUGCCAGGCCGCCCUCCUCCUUGACUCCUGGAGGGCAGCCCCGUGACGGCUGAUGUGGCUGGCGAAUCACUAAAGAGCUUGGCAGCACCUAUGUCGUGACGGUCUGUGAAUGCUGAGAGAGGGGUCCGUGGGGAGGGGAGGAGUCGGGGGGAAGAUGGUGCGGGGGGGGCUGCUGGGUGGGAGAGGUGGCCUCUGGUUUGGCAGACGGAGGAACGAGUUGAGUGGAGUUUGCGGUCUGUAGCUGUUAACUCUAGCCGUGCGACUUUGGAGGCGUUGUAUAUAACCGUGUGGUCUGAGGUCCUCUUAACCUGUAAAUGAAGGGGCUGGCGUAGACAGUGGUUGGCAGACUUCCCCUCGAGAGGGCCCGGUGGUCCACACCCCAGCUGACGGGGCUGCCCAGCUCUCCUUGUAGCACAGUCAGUCUCAGAUAUGCAAGCGAGCGAGCGCGGCUGGGUGCCAAUCAUAAAGCUGGUGUUUGGACACUGAAAUGGGCAUUUCAUGUGUCAAAUAGCCCUAAUUUUUAAAACCAUUUAAAAAUGUAAAAACCAUGUUUUGCUUGCAGGCCAUACAAAAAAUAGGCAGCAGGCUGGUUGGCCCUCAAGCUGUAGGUUGCCAGCCCCGGGCCUAGCUGAGUUCAAAGGGUCUCACUCCCAGAGCGCCGACUAAUCACUAGGCCUCUCUGUGCCCACAUGCCGCAAAUCCAAAGGGAGGCGUUCCCUGCACCAGGUGAGAGGAUACGCUCAGGUGCUAACGGCUGGCCACAAAGCCCUACCUUAGCUCACCUUCCGUCUUCACAGACCUCUGAGGGUCUCGUGCUGAACUGGGCUGUUAGAUGAGGCUGGGCCACGGAGGGCUGGGCCACACCCCGCUUUACAGAGGAUCCCGGCGUGUUACCUGAGCUAAAGCAAACAUCUGCACAGGUCAGCAGUCAGGUGUCAGAGUGGAUAACCGGGCAGGCCCGAACAGCACAGCGCCUCUGCACCUCCGCAGCACAUUCCCCAGCAGCUCGGGGUGUUACUGAGCAGGCAUUUCCGGGGGCUCCUCCGGCUACUGAAUUGAGUCUAGCAGAGCUGAAACGCAGAUGAAAUGGGAAUUAACAGCAUAGUGUUUCGUACUUGCCAGCUUCCUUCUGAUGGCAUUUCUUACAGGAACUGUGAAGAAUUAAACGCAUGUUUACAAUUGCAGAGUACACUUGUGCCUUGAA